AUUCGGUGGUUUAUUAUGAAGUUUUUUCAAUCCAUAUUUUUUUGUUAAACAGACACUAAUGCCUCGCGUCAUAGCGGAACUAUGUAUUAAAUUAUAUGUGUAAGAAUUUUUGGUCUACCGAUACACUUCCGGGUUAAUUUUGCAACCUCAAAACACUUGGUAGCUCCUCCAUACUUCCAUGGCCACCGCGGUGCUCGUCGCCGCUGUCGUCGGUGGAGGUGUACUGCUUUUCAUGCGCCGCUUGUUCCCGCGUCAAAACGCCAUGAAGCUUCUCCAGUACCCAGCGGACCUGAUGCGAGGGAAGACUGUUAUCGUGACCGGAGCUAACAGCGGCAUUGGGAAGGCACUAGCCGGGGAGCUGCUGAAGCUCCAGGCUCGGGUCAUCAUGGCCUGUCGGGACCGACAGAGCGCCGCGGAGGCAGCCCGAGACAUCCAGGAACAGUCUGGGCCAGGGCAAGGGGAGGUGGUCAUCAAAGAAUUGGACCUUGCAUCACUGCAAUCGGUUCGUAGGUUUUGUCAAGAAAUUCAAGAGGAAGAAACAAAGGUAGACGUCCUUGUCAACAAUGCAGGCGUCUACCAGUGUCCCUACUCCAAGACAGAGGAGGGCUUCGAGAUGCAGCUGGGUGUCAAUCACCUGGGUCACUUCCUGCUCACUCACCUCCUGCUGGACCUCCUGAAGAGGUCGGCCCCCAGCCGCAUCGUUGUGGUGUCCUCUAAACUGUACAAGUGCGGCCACAUCAACUUCGAUGACCUGAAUAGUGAAAAUAAUUACGACAAGGCGUUCUGCUACAGUCAGAGCAAGUUGGCCAACCUGCUGUUCACGCUGGAACUGGCACAGCAGCUGGAGGGCACGGGGGUCACGGUCAACGCUCUCACCCCUGGAAUCGUGAGGACCGGACUGGGCAGACACGUUCACAUCCCUCUCCUGGCAAAGCCGCUCUUCUCCCUUGCGUCGAUGCUCUUUUUCAAGAGUCCACUGGAAGGGGCCCAGACCCCUCUUUAUCUGGUGUGCUCCCCAGUGGUGGAGGGAGUGUCGGGUAAGUGCUUUGCUAACUGUGAGGAGGAAGAGCUGCUGGCUAAAGCUACAGAUGGACAGGCGGCUAAGAAACUGUGGGACAUGAGCAGGAGGAUGGUCGGACUGGAUGACCAAUGAAGUAUCCCAAGCAUUGCUUAUAAAUAUAUUCAUUAAAAACAUGCUUUAAACUUCUGAUUGGACUGACUUUUUUUGGCUUGUAAUGAACACAAAAGAGGUGUGAGUUUCUAUGUAGAGCUGCUUGCAAAAUGUGCAUGCCUUAGGAAACAAUUGUGCCGUGUGAAAGGUCACUGUGUGUAACAGCUCGUGUUUAUGUAGUGUUAGCAGUAAUGUGGCUCCCUCUGGCGGCUAGAUUAAGAAUUGCACGCAUCCAAUUACAGUAUGUCAGCAAAUACUGUACGAGGAAGUGAUUCUGUUCUUUUGGUAAAAACAUCUCAAAUUAAACUAUUAUUAAUUCAAAUUUUAGUUGCUAGGAAAGUAAAAACAUCUGAAACUAACUUUCUGGACAUGCAUUGGAACGGUACACAGACAAUAUGGAGCUGGUAAUACUGUGUAUGAUGUUUUUGUCCAUUUAUUCUGAGCACAAUUCCUGAGGUUAGUAUUCACUAAUGUUGGAGUUCAGGUGUACUCAACUAAAUUGUUUUAUGUUCCCCC